UCACAAGAAAAUUAUUUUUAGAAGACACUCCGAUAACUAAUUGAAGCUUCAAACGAAGGUUAAGCUCAACUAAUUAUCAAAUAAGCCAACCGAGUCUUUUCGUGAAAUACUCAUGCCAAACACGGCCUAAACGGUGAACAAAACAAACCAAAUCACACCGCUUUUCUACUUCCUCUCGUCGUUUUCACUCUGCUAGAACUCAAACCACACAGUAGUACACUGUCCAUCUUUAUUCAGACACAAGGAGAGAAAAGAAAAAUUAAAACCUGAUUACUAGUUCAAAGAUCCCUAAAAUCAGGCAUACAACACAGGUAAUCAAAGCAUGGCCGAUGAAACCGCCGCGAAAAUCCCACCGGAAGCCGCCGCCGCAGCCGCACAGACCCCGCCGCCGCCCUCGGACGAGCAAACCGAAGUCGAUCCGGAACCCAUCCCCGAACCGCCCCUAGCUUCGGUAGCGCUGGACCUGCAAGAAGACUCGCUCCCGCCUACCGAGCCGGCGGCGGUAGCGGCGGACAACCUGCAAGCGGCCGUGACAGUGAUAGAAAAGGACGCCCCUCUGUAUCCCCCGUCGCCGGAACCACCGCUCGCGGCGGAGCUCGUCACCGUCGCCGCUCCCGCCCCUGCCCCCGCCUCCCAGCUGCUGGCCGAGGCCCUGGCGGUGCCGCAGGAACCCAAGCCUCCAGAAUCCGAACCUAAAGAAUCGAUCGAGCCAGAAAAGGAGAAACAGACGGCCGAGAAGCUCAAAGCGCCUGAAUCGUUCGCUUCUUUCAAGGAAGAAAGCAACAAGAUCUCAGAUCUGUCCCAUCCCGAGCUGAAAGCCCUAGAAGACUUCAAACUCCAAGUUCAAGAAGCACUUAAAAAUGGAGUCUUUAGCGGCGGGUCCACCUCCGAGCCCGCCAACCGGCCCGAACAAAUAUCGAUUUGGGGCAUUCCUCUGUUGAUUGAUGACAGAACUGACAUCGUCCUGCUCAAAUUCCUGCGUGCGCGUGACUUCAAUGUAAAGGAAUCGUUUGCCAUGCUGAAGAACACCAUGAAAUGGAGAAGGGACUUCAAUGUGGACGAGUUAGUUAAGGAAGACUUAGGGGAUGAUCUCGAAAAAGUUGUCUUUAUGCACGGGCAUGACAAAGAAGGUCACCCUGUGUGUUACAAUGUGUAUGGGGAGUUUCAGAACAAAGAAUUGUAUGCUCGAACGUUUGGAGACGAGGAGAAAAGAUCGAAGUUUUUGAGGUGGAGGAUUCAGUUUCUGGAGAGGAGUAUAAGGAAACUUGACUUUAGUCCGGGUGGGACUAAUACCAUCUUUCAGAUUAGUGAUCUUAAAAAUACGCCAGGGCCGGGGAAAAAGGAAUUACGAAUCGCCACUAAACAGGCAUUGCAGAUUCUUCAGGAUAAUUAUCCUGAAUUUGUUGCGAAGCAGGUUUUCGUCAAUGUUCCAUGGUGGUACUUGGCUUUCUAUAAUAUGAUGAGUCCUUUUCUUACUCAUCGAACCAAGAGCAAAUUUGUCUUCACUGGCCCAACUAAAACUCCCGACACCCUUUUCAAGUACAUAUCUCCCGAACAAGUGCCAACUCAAUAUGGUGGCCUUAGUGUUGACUACUGUGAAUGCAACCCAGAAUUCACUGUAGAUGAUCCAGCCAUGGAGAUCACCAUUAAACCUGCUACUAAGCAAACUGUUGAAAUUAUUGUAAAUGAGAAAUGCACACUCGUUUGGGAGCUUCGUGUCGUGGGCUGGGAAGUGAGCUACAGUGCAGAAUAUGUCCCGAACGCUGAACGUGCUUACACUGUGAUUAUACAAAAAGCAAGGAAAUUGCUCCCGACCGACGAGCCUGUUGUGUCCAGCAGUUUCAGUAUUAGCGAGCUCGGUAAGAUACUGCUCACUGUUGAUAACUCGACUGCCAAGAAGAAGAAGCUGCUCUACCGUUACAAGGUUAUGCCUUACAUUGUCCAAUGAUGUCAUGAGUAUGUUAAAGCUUGCCAUUUUAAGUUAAACGUGGGAGUUGAUAGUUAUGUGGAAACUUUGUUUUGUUUUAAUUUUCUUUCGUGUGUCUUGUGUGUGUUUUGUGUGUCGUUUUGUGCAUGUUCGGUAUGUAGAAAUCUUGUUGCCAGUUGAGAAUGGUAAGUUGGGGUUGUUUGAACUUUGAUGAGCAUCUUCUGUGAAAAAAUCAUUCGUUCAUUUACGGGUUUCGAGGAUGCGCGUAAAUAUGGGGAGCUUGUGGCUUUUCUGUUAUUGAGUUCCUUUUCUUUUUUACUUUGCAAUCUUUUAUUGUGCAUGCUUGGAUUUUUGUGAAAAAUCCAAUUACCAUAAGAAUUUUGGACAAUGAGCUAUUGAGCUUCUCAUCUGAAGGCAAAUUUUGGUUCUUUAAGGAACUAUAUUUAGAAAUUUCUCUGUUUUCCUUUGAACAGGGUGAUUAGGCUCUUGAAAUUAACUGAGUAAUGAUUAGUUGAUUUUAGUAGUUUGACAACAUUGAUUGAAUGGAGAUGAGGUGGUUAUGUUGUCAAUAAUCCUUUAAAUAUUUGAUGAAGACAUGAUGAGUGUGUGGUUGUACCUUCCUUUAUAGUUUUGUCAAGGCUAAAAAGUAAAAACUUCACAUCAUUAUGGUUCUCAUGAAUGUUAUUGAUAGUUAGGCAGUGAUGACCUAUAUUUAUUCCUUUUCUUCCCUUUUUUUCUUCACAUCUAGUAAGAAAAAAAUAUAUUUGAAACUUGGCUAUGUGGCGGUAACUAUAUACGAGUAGCUAUUCAUUGCCUCACACGGGUCGUAAGUCUGGCCUUGAUGUUAUGUAGAGUUGCCACCACUUGUACCAUGUCGAUCCUCCCAUCAACCGAGACAGUUGAACAUUUCAUAGCCAGCUCGAAAACGGAGGAUAAACACUGCUCUUGCACCGGGAAAAUUGGGUCGUCCGAAGACAGCAAAACCGGGCUCACGACCUCACUCACCAGGUUUCCAUGCAUCAAUGCUCGGCUGACCCACUCACGCAAGCUAAUCUCCGCGCCAAAUAUCUCGUCGGUCGGCCUCUUGCCCGUGAACAUCUCCAGCAAUAGUAUCCCGUAGCUGUACACAUCCCCACUUGUCGAUACCUUCCCUUCCGACCCGUAUUCUGCUCAAGCAAUCGCAAUUCGCAAGUCAAUUCUUUCGACAUUUUUUUUCAAAAUUUUGAUUUUUGAGAAAAGCGUAUACUUUCACCUGGUGCUGCGUAGCCGAUUGUGGCCAGCGUCUUAGUAACAACCAUCGUUUCUCCCUCGUCGAGAAGCUUCGAAAUCCCGAAAUCCCCGAGAUGCGCCGUCAUAUCCUCGUCCAGCAACACAUUGCUCGGCUUCACGUCGCAAUGAACAACUGGAAACGUGUGGCCGCGGUGAAGAUACUCCAACGCCAGCGCUACAUCUGUGGCGACACUUAGCCUCUGCUCGAGAUCCAAAAAGUAGCCGCACUUGUCUGUGUGAAGCCACUUUUUGAGACUCCCGUUAGGCAUGUACCCGAGAAUCAGCGCACGAAACUCCGUGUUGACGCAGCACCCGAUCACCGGGACCAAGUUCCUGUGGCGUAUAGUGCUCAGUAUCUCGCUCUCCGUGUCGAAGCUCUUGUAGGCCCCCUCCGCACGCAGGUCGAACACCUUGACCGCCACGGACGACCCGUCGUCGAGCGAAACCCGGUAAACCGACCCAAACCCACCCCUCCCGAGUAGAUUCGUCUCGUUGAACGAGCUCGUGCCGCGCUCGAGCUCGCGGUACGAGAUCCUUCUAUACACGGCCUUGAUCGGAAUCUCGUCCGGUGGGGCCUGCGGUACCGCCUUCGUCCUCCCGCGCCGUCGCCUCAUCA